CGCACAACAGCCCGCCAUGUCCAACCCCUACGCAAACGGCGCACCUCAAGUCCCGUACGGCGCCCCGCCCGGCCCGCCGCCGCAGCACGGCGGCCAGCAGUGGGCGCCGCCGCCCGGCCCGCCUGGCCAGGGCUAUGCGCCGCCGCCGGGCGCGCCGCCGACGGGCUUCCACAGCGGCUACCCGCAACAGGGCUACCCUCAGCCGCCGCCGCAGGGCUACCCUCAGCAGCCGCCGCAAGGGUACCCGCAGCAGCCGCAGCAGGGCUACGGCGCGCCGCCCGGCAACCCAUACGGCGCACCAGCACCGAACCCGUACGGCGCACCAGCAGCGAACCCAUACGGCGCACCCGCACCCAACCCGUAUGGCGCGCCGCAAGCGCACGCAGCGCCAGCGCACGCCCCGCCCCCCAUGCAGGUCGCGCCUCAGGCUCCGCCGCACGCCUUUGGCCAGGGCGGCUACACCUACAACGGCCUGCCGAUCCCGCCGCCGCCCGGCGCGCCGCCUGCUGCCGCGGGCGGGAACCCGGCGACGAUGGCGACCGUCGAGCAGAUCCGCAAGGCGACCAAGGGCUUCGGCACCGACGAGAAGUCGCUGAUUGCCGCGCUUGCCCCGCUCGACGCCUUCGCAGCCGAUGCUGUCGAGAAGCAGUUCCGCAUGACAGUGGGGAAGGACCUCAUCAAGGUGAUCGAGAAGGAGGUGAGUCAGUCACGGCGCAAGCACCGCGCGUACAGCCUGACGUCGUUGCUUCAGACGUCUGGCUACUUCGAGUACGCGCUGCGGCUCAAGGCUCUUGGCCCCGUCGGCGGCGACGUGUGGCUCCUGCACCGCGCUUGCGACGGGCUCGGCACGCACGAGGACCUGCUCAACGAGCUGCUGCUGCUGCGCACCAACAACGACAUCUACAUUCUCAAGCAGGCCUACCGCGCCGUGUACGGCAAGGAUCUCGUGCAGGUCGUUGACGGCGAGCUCAGCAUGAAGACGAAGCGGCUCUUCACCAUGGCGCUCGGCGGCGCGCGGCAGGAGGAUGCGGCGCCCGUCGACUCGGCGCAGGUCUCGGCCGAUGUCAAGGCCCUCAAGUCGGCUGCACGCGGCGCCGGCACAGACGAGAUCGCCAUCUGCUCCAUCCUCGUGUCGCGCUCCACGCCGCACCUGCAGGCCAUUGCACGCGCGUACGGCAGCAACGGCCUCAGCAAGAUGGUCGAGAGCGAGUUCUCGGGCCACAUGAAGGACGCGCUGCUGUACAUUGCCAACGGCGUGGAGAAGGACGGCUGGGGCGUCGAGCGCGACGCACGGCUGAUCGAGGCGUCGAUGGCCGGCAUGGGCACGAAGGACGAGCGGCUCGCGUACCGCCUCAUCCGUGCAUCGUGGAACGUGCAGCGCUUUGCCCACAUCAAGCAGGUAUACGCCGGCAGCGUGCACAAGAAGGGCCUGCGCAGCCGUGUGGACGGCGAGACGAGCGGCGACUUUGGGCGCAUGCUGCUGGCCAUCGUCGGCCAGUAG